GCGAGCAGAGUGACGGGGAGACGACCGGAGCUGAUCCACGGCGGCUGGGAGAAGUCCACACAGGGGGAGAAAGAGGAGGAGAAGCGCGCGUGGAAAGGAUGAAGAUGAAAACCACGGGAGGCAAAAGUCUCCCAACACUGGCGUCUCCGAUAUCCAAUCUUUAGGAGAGUUGAAUUUGGACCGGUUGAGAAACUUCUGCCACGGUGUACAAUGUUUAUGAAUGAGUCUCAACUGAACAGCUCCUCGCGAGACCCUGACUCCGUCCUGGACCGGCCACCGUGGGUUACAACUACUUUGGGGUGCUUUCUCAUCUUCACCAUCGUUGUUGACAUCCUGGGCAACCUCUUGGUCAUCUUCUCCGUGUAUCGCAACAAGAAGCUGAGGAACGCAGGGAACAUCUUUGUGGUGAGCCUUGCAGUGGCAGACCUCGUGGUGGCCAUCUACCCGUACCCUCUGGUCCUCACCUCCAUCUUCAAUAAUGGCUGGAACCUUGGUUACGUCCACUGCCAGAUCAGCGGCUUCCUUAUGGGCAUCAGUGUCAUCGGCUCAAUCUUCAACAUCACGGGCAUUGCCAUUAAUCGCUACUGUUAUAUCUGCCACAGCCUCAAGUAUGAUAAAUUGUACAGUGACAAAAACUCUGUCUGCUAUGUACUGAUAAUCUGGGCCCUGACUGUGGUGGCCAUCGUGCCCAACCUGUUUGUGGGGUCACUUCAGUACGACCCACGGGUUUAUUCCUGCACAUUUGAGCAGUCGGCUAGCUCAGCGUACACUAUCGCAGUGGUGUUCUUUCACUUUAUUCUACCCAUCAUGAUUGUCACAUACUGCUACCUACGCAUUUGGAUACUUGUCAUACAGGUAAGGAGACGGGUCAAGCCAGACAACGGUCCCAAGCUAACGCCACACGACGUUAGAAACUUUGUCACCAUGUUUGUCGUGUUUGUGCUUUUCGCUGUUUGCUGGGCGCCGCUCAACUUCAUUGGUCUGGCUGUAGCGAUCAAACCAGAGGUGGUGGUUCCCCUCAUCCCGGAGUGGCUAUUUGUGGCCAGCUACUUCAUGGCCUACUUCAACAGCUGCCUUAAUGCUAUUGUGUACGGUGUGCUGAACCAGAACUUCCGCCGUGAGUACAAGCGCAUCGUUGUGUCAGUGUGCACGGCGCGCAUCUUAUUCCAGGAGAGCUCCAACGAGGCGGUGGAGAGGUUCAAGAGCAAACCGUCACCACUCAUGAGCAACAAUAACCAAGUCAAGGUGGACUCUGUCUGAUCCAGCAGAAGAAAACUGAGCGGACUUAAAAAUAUAUGCUGUGAUUGAGAGUAAAAAAAAUAAAACACAAAAAAGACAGCGUGAGAAUCAAACCAAAUAUAAAUAUGGAACAGCUUGUAUGUAUGGUGCUAUUGGACCACUAAUGGUUGACUCUGCAGUACGUGUAGUACAGUAAAUAUAUGACGUACGUUUUGUUUUUCAUGUUUACAGUGAUGAUAUAAACGUAUCAUGCAUUAUAUAAGUAUUUAUUUUGUAUGAAAUGCCGUCUAGAUAUAUUGUAAGACAUAUCUGGUAACAGUAAAAUGCAUAUAAACCUGUUUUUUUUUCAGGCAAAUAAAGACAUUCGAGAAAACUUGAUAAUAUAACACGAAGUUUAUAAAUAAAGUUAACCAAUUUUAAUAACCUAAUUUUGACAACGUAACACUAAUUGAGUUCAAGCAAUGUGGGUUGCUGCUGUCUUAUUAUACCCUGUAAUACAUUACGUGGAACAUAUAUUUUGGUCUUUCUCUCUCUUUCUUUCUCUCUCUCUGCAACCCUGCGAGGGCAUUAUACUAUACUUUGUGCAUGGAUAUGCAGGAAUUGAUCAAAUGCAAAAUAAAAUCUGAUAUU